AGCUUUACAUUCAGGUUUAAAUUGCACCAAAAGACUGGUGAAGAGCAUCCUUUCAGUCAGAAUUCUUGCUCUUCCCCUGAAGAUGAUACCUUUGAGGAUCCUCUGUGUUUUGCUGGGCCUCAGCAUAGCUUGGGCACAAGAUGGAGAGAGUACAUUUGAAGAGCUGGGUGCGGGAGUGCGUGGUCCCAGGAUUGUGGAGCACAUGUCCCAGUCCACCUGCCAGUAUGAUAAGAACUGGCCCAUCUGUGCUGACGAUGACUGGGGUACCAAAUGUCCAUCAGGCUGCAGAAUGCAAGGACUGAUUGAUGACAUGGACCAGGAUUAUAGUCGCAGAAUAGACAAAAUCAAAAAACUGCUUGCAGAUAAUCAAAACAACUAUAAAAAAUCUAAUCAGAUAAUUGUGGAAACUGUAAAUGCACUAAAACCAAACCUGGACAGUGCUAAUCAGGUUGAUGAGACUUAUGGAAUCGUGUCAGGAGAGCUGAGACGGAGAAUUUUGACAUUAAAACAGAGAGUUGUCACUCAAGUAAACAGAAUUAAAGCUUUGCAGAGCAGCAUCCAGGAACAAGUGGUGGAGAUGAAACGCUUAGAGGUGGACAUUGACAUUAAGAUACGAGCUUGUAAAGGAACCUGUGCUAGAAGUUUUGAUUACCAGGUGGACAAGGAAAGCUACGACAACAUCCAGAAGCAGCUUGCUCAAGCCAACUCCAUCAACUUGAACCCAGAACUUGAAACAACCACCCUGAGCACACUGAAAAUGAGGCCACUUAAGGACUCCAAUGUUCCUGAUCAUUUUAAGCAUAAGCCUCUGCCAGAAAUGCAAGCUCUGAACAUAAUUAAUGACAUCAAGCAGAUGCAAGUGGUAUUAGAAAGACCGGAAACAGAGACAAACCCCUCACGAGGCGACAGCCCAUAUCACAUGUCAGAAUCAAGGGGGGAUGGACCUCCAUAUGCCAGCAAAUUAGUUAUUCCUACUCAUGGGAGAGAAACCCUUAGUCUGGAAGACAAAACCUCCUCCGCUGUUCGUAGAUGCACCAAAACUACCACCAAAAAAAUUGUCAGUGGCCCUGAUGGCCCUAGAGAAGAAGUAGUUGAGAAAACAAUUUCUUCUGAUGGCUCAGACUGCUCUUAUUUACACGGAGCAGGAAAUUUUGGAGGGGAAGGGACCACCUACCAUUUUAGUGGUGCAGAUGGCAUGCACAAGCUAGAAAGGUUAUCCCCUGAGCUAGAGUCAUUUUUUACCCCUGAUUCUGCAUCCACUGCUAGUAAGCGCACAACUGGCACAGGCAGUACCAGUCAUUCAGGGACUUAUGGGGCAAAAGACAAAUUUGCAGACUUAGGAGAGGUGGAGGAAGAUGACUUUGCAGGACUUCACCCAUCUGGAUUCCCAUCUGGCAGUGCAAGGCACUCCAAGACUGUAGUGACCAGCACCUCUUCUAGUUUCAACAAGGGAGGCUCCACUUUUGAGACCAAAUCAAUAAAGACCCGUGAAAUAACUGAGCAGCUAGGUGGGGUGGAACAUGAUCAGAGUGCAGAGGACACCCCAGACUUUCAGGCACGCAGCAUCAGACCACCAGGAGUGAAGCGAAGGACAGCCAGCACUGGGAAAGACUGUGAUGAUAUCCGCCAGAAACACACUUCUGGUGCCAAAAGUGGCAUUUUCAAAAUCAAGCCAGCGGGAUCCAAUAAGGUCUUGUCUGUUUAUUGCGACCAAGAGACCACUUUGGGAGGAUGGCUAUUGAUCCAACAGAGAAUGGAUGGAUCAGUGAAUUUUAACCGGACCUGGCAAGACUACAGGAGAGGUUUCGGCAGCGUGGAUGGCAGAGGGCGAGGAGAGUUUUGGCUGGGCAAUGAAAACAUGCACUUGCUGACUCAAAAUGAUACUCUCCUUCGGGUAGAGUUAGAGGACUGGGAUGGAAAUGCUGUGUAUGCAGAGUAUAUUGUACAGGUAGGGUCUGAAGCAGAAGGGUAUGCCCUUACUGUGUCUUCCUACGAGGGGACCGCUGGGGACGCACUGAUCGCUGGCUGGAUGGAAGAGGGCACCGAAUACACGUCCCAUGCCCAGAUGAAGUUCAGCACCUUUGACCGGGACCAGGACCACUGGGAGGAGAACUGUGCGGAGAUGUAUGGGGGCGGAUGGUGGUACAACAGCUGCCAGGCAGCCAACCUCAAUGGCAUUUACUACCUGGGAGGCCACUAUGACCCCAGGUACAACGUUCCAUACGAGAUCGAAAAUGGCGUGGUCUGGCUGCCAUUUAAAGCCUCUGACUAUUCCCUCAAAACUGUUAAAAUGAAAAUCAGGCCCAUUGAAACCCUGUAGAAAGACAGGUUUUUAAUGUGUCUUACAAGUUGAAAAUAUUUUAUAUAUAUAUAUAUAUAUAUAUAUAUAUAUAUAUAUGCAUGAUGUACCUUUACUCUGCAAAUUUGAAGGCAACUGCGUGUAUCUGUGACUUAAAAAAUAAACAAUGAUUAAUUAUUAACA